UUUAGCCAUCACUAUAUAAACAAUUAGUUUUCGAAUUAUAUUUCUAUAAAAAAGUUGUCAAGAAAUUAAUAAAACUUUUUAUUAAGUUUAGAAAGUGCUCUAGACAACAUGCCUAACAAAAAGCUAACUGUCCUAAUGGCACCGGUCCAGUUUGUGGGGCCCAUGAUGUCCAGUAUAGGAAUGGCCGAAGUGAUGCGAGACGUGGGCGGACACGAGUGUGUGUUUGCCGUCAACAACGACUGGAAAGCACGGCUCGAGUCCAUGGGAUUUGAGGUGAAACUUAUUGGGAAACCAGUGGACAGGGAUGUGGUUGUCAUGGAUUCGGGUGAUAGUAACGUAAAGUCGGCUCGCGAGGGGGGAUUUAUUGAUGAUAUCACACCAUUAGAAAAGGCUAUUAGUAGCAGCGACUACAUUAUGAAAGUAUUACCCAAAGAGAUCCAAGAAACUGAUCCAUACAUCAGGACUAUUAUAGCGGACCUGAAGCCUGAUGUCAUAAUUAGCGACCAUUUCCUAACACUUCCCUCAAUAGUGACAUCAGGCAUACCCUGGAUAUUCAGUUGGAGUAAUAAUCCUCAUUCACUGGAUUAUGGUUAUGAGGAUAAACGCCUCCCGCCAUCAUUUUUAGGAUUGCCGACAAAUAGUGGGACAGAAGUGAAGGAGAAAUACAGACAACAGAUAAAUGAAGCAAAAGCAGACAAAUGGUAUGAAUAUAGGGAUCAACUCAUUGCUAGUGGAUGUCCAGAACUCAAGGAUUUCCUGAUGUGGACCCCAUCCCCCUUUGCUAAUAUAUAUAUGAUACCCAAAGAACUGGAUUAUACAGACAUCAGACCACUUCCCGACAAUUUCUAUGGAUUUGAUUGUUUCAAACGCAGUGGAAAUGAAGUUAACUUUGAAAUACCGGAAACUCUUAAGAAUAGGUCCGGAAAACUGAUUUAUUUUUCAUUGGGUUCUAUGGGUUCCGGAAAUGUAGAGCUUAUGAAGAGAUUGGUUGCGAUUUUGUCCAAAUCUAAGCACCGGUUCAUUGUCUCCAAAGGUGUCAAACAUAAUGAAUACGAAUUGGCGGACAAUAUGUGGGGCGAGAGGUCUGUCCCUCAGGUGAAAGUGUUGCCAAUCNCGGACAAUAUGUGGGGCGAGAGGUCUGUCCCUCAGGUGAAAGUGUUGCCAAUCGUAGACCUAAUGAUAACACACGGCGGCAACAAUUCUGUGACGGAAACCAUAAAGCUAACGGUGCUGUUCGCGCCCAUGCAGUUCGUGGGUCCCGUGAACUCCAGUAUAGGUAUGGCCGAAGUGUUGCGAGACAUCGGUCGACACCACUGUGUGUUUGCCGUCAAAAGUGAUUGGAAGUCACGGCUCGAGUCCAUUGGGUUUGCGGUAAAACUGAUCGGAGAAGAGGUGGACAGGGAUGUGGUGGUCACCGACUCAGCCGAUACUAAUGUGGCUCAGGCUGAGGAAUGGGGUGUUUUGAGAAAUGCGGAUCCAUUGGAAAUGCUUAUAAACAAUGGCAAAACGAUGGACAACUUGAAGGAUUUUGUAGAAACUGAUGGCUAUCUGAAGACUAUUAUCUCGGAUGUCAAACCGGAUGUCAUAAUUAGCGACCAUAUGACCGUAUACCCAUCUAUGGAGACAUCGGGUAUACCCUGGAUAUUCUUUUGGAGUGCUAAUCCAUUAUCACUAGACUAUGGAUAUCCGGAUGAACGCCUCCCGCCCUCAAUAUUAGGAUUGCCGACAAAUAGUGAGACAGAAGUGAAGGAGAGAUACAGACAAAGGAUUAAUGCGUCAAAGAGUGAGUCGUGGUAUAGAUAUAGGGAUCAAUUGGUGUCAAUGGGUGGCACUGCACCAAAAGAGUUCUUAAUGUGGACUCCAUCCCCCUUUGCCAACCUAUAUAUGACUCCUAAGGAAUUGGAUUAUACGGACAUCAGACCACUUCCCGAUAAUUUCUAUGGAUUUGAUUGUUUCAAACGCAGUGGAAAUGAAGAUAACUUUGAAAUACCGGAAAACCUUAAGAAUAGGUCCGGAAAACUGAUUUAUUUUUCAUUGGGUUCUAUGGGUUCUGGAAAUGUAGAGCUUAUGAAGAGAUUGGUUGCGAUUUUGUCUAAAUCUAAGCACCGGUUCAUUGUCUCCAAAGGUGUCAAACAUAAUGAGUACGAAUUGGCGGACAAUAUGUGGGGCGAGAGGUCUGUCCCUCAGGUGAAAGUGUUGCCAAUCGUAGACCUAAUGAUAACACACGGCGGCAACAAUUCUGUGACGGAAACCAUGUAUUUCGGUAAACCUAUGAUAGUUUUGCCCCUAUUUUUCGAUCAGUUCGAUAACGCACAGAGAGUUCAAGAGAAAGGGUUUGGGAUUAGACUCAAUCCCUACGAGUGCUCUGAAAAUGAAUUAUUGGAUUCAAUCGACAGACUAUUAAACGAUCAAAUAUUGGCCCAAAAGUUGGCAAAAGUUUCGCAAAGAAUUCAAAGCGAAAAGAAUAUCGAAAAACUGGUCAAAAUAGUCGAGGAUUUAGUGAAAUAA